CUUCUCUCAUUACUACGAUUCGAGGUAUCAGUCCUUCAGGUACAUUCGAGACUUCUGCCUCCCCUGACAGCUUGAGCCAUGUCUUUUCCAACUGAAUCUCCAGCUCGAUAUCCUCGGGACUACGCCGAUCCAAACUGGGUAGAAUUUGCACAAACGAUCGAUUACAACGCCCGCGGACGGUUGAUGGAGGAUCAGCAUAAGAAAACUAUUGAAGCCAUUGCCGCCAUCGCAGACCAGAUUAGAUGGACGACGUCGCAGAUGAAGCCAGAGUACUGGCCUGACAAGGAGACAUUGGUAGCAAAGCAGUUUCUGGUGUCUAAUUUGGUGCAGCUCCAAAUGGUUUGCUACGAACCUCUGAAGGCAAUUCGAGAACACAUUAUCAAUGUUGAUCCUAAUCUCUUGGACAAGAAGUUCAGAACGAAGAAUUGGCUAAUGCCGCGACAAGUUCGAGAAGCUGAAUCCCCGGUUGACAGGCCAUUUGUUCCACCUAGCCCCCCACCGCCCAAGCCUGACUGGCGCCGCGACAAAACGUUGUCAAAGGAAGAGAAAGAAAAGAAGAGGAAAGAGGAGGCUGAGCAAGAGGCUGAAGAAAAGACCACCAACAGAAUAGCACAAGAGCUGAAGAGGAAAGAAGAUGUGGUGAAAGAGCAGGCGGCAAACGACAAGUUCUUGAAGGGCGAGAAGCCCCGUAUAGAUCGACACAAGAAUAUCAUGGCCAAUCAGGGCGAACACGUCGAUUACUUCCAAGAUGAUGGAGACGAGGAAGGGUUCACCUGGAGAGACGCCAUAAGAUCAGCACUCAGGACGUACGACGCCGCUUACAUGGAAGUCGAUCGUCAUCACAGACUGCUCAAACAGACGAAGAAAAGAUCGGGUUGGUCUUUGGAUCGGCUUGAUGUUUUACUCAAGAAGAGAGGCAUCCCAACCCGUUCGAAUCAGGAGUUGUUGAUCGAACUCGCUCUCCCUGUUGCAUUCGGAGGCCCUCCAACUCCACUCAGCCAGGCAACAAUGGCCAACUGGAAGACCGCAGCGGACAUUCAGAACACUCUCAACAUCCAUUUGGGGCGUUUCAUCAAGCAAGAAAUUGACGGCAGGGCACCUACCAACACACGUCACUGGACUACCGACUUUACGCGCAAGUACAACCAUGCCAGUGGUGCUGAGCCUGCGAUGUUCUUUGUUUGCACCCACGAGUACACCCAGCCAAAUUCCACGCAGCCAAUCAAAAAGUGGAUUGUUGGAGGCAGCACGCCGCUUACAGGACCAAAGAAGUAUAUGUUUGCUUGGGCCGACGAGCUUUACAAAGCUGUCAGGGAGCAAGGUCUUGGUAGCGAUUUUGUUGCGAAGGUGAAGGCGGCUAAUGACGCGCAACAGGCACUUGAACUACGACUGCUUGGCAACACGACAGACCCUUCUCCAGAAGAGUACCUGUCUGCUCGAAAAGCUGUCAUCAGGGAAUUGACAAACGACUCAACCCAUCAGAGAGUACUGAGCACACACAUGACGCCAUCUGCAGACUACCCACCCACUAUCGAGCAUCUGAUCACAUACGACUGGGAAAGGCAAUGCUCAUGGGCUCAUCAGUGCGCCGAGGGACUUGCAGCCUGUCAGUGCUUCACCUUUGAUCAAGGCCAGGACGAAGCCAACCGGCCCGAGUCUAGCAGAGUGGCCGCGCUACGACUCUCCACGCCCGGAAAGACGCUUAAGAAAAAGAGGAGCAACAUGGAUUUCGAGUUUAAGAGAUGA